GGAUUUUCACCGAGCCGCGAGCGGAGUUUCACUUCUAACCUGAAUUCGGCGAGGAGCGGGUGUGCGUAUACGUGUGUGUCGCCACGGCCCGUAUCAAACGACUUGUCAUCAUCGUCAUCAUCGUCAUCAUCAUCAUUUUCGUCGAAGGCUACGCGGAAGGCGCUACGUGAGCACGAUACUCCAGGGAACAUCGCGGAAGCACGUUCGCGUGCGGUUACGGUUCGAUUGCCUGUGUGUUGUGGCACUUCGACUGUCGCCAGGGUGAUUACGUGAACCUCGCGGGGAAAGAGGAGAGAAAGAGGAUCAUCGUUUUCAAAGCACUUGCCGCACGACUUGACAAGAUGUGGCCAAAGGACGUCGGCAUCCUCGCCCUGGAGGUCUACUUCCCGGCGCAGUACGUGGAGCAGACGAAGCUGGAGGUAUUCGACGGCGUGUCGGCGGGCAAGUACACGGUCGGCCUGGGCCAGUCGCGUAUGGGCUUCUGCAACGAUCGCGAGGACAUCAACUCGUUGUGCCUGACCGUUACGCACCGGCUGCUGGAGCGCUACAGCGUCAAGCCGCAGGAGAUCGGCCGAUUGGAGGUGGGCACCGAGACCAUCCUCGACAAGAGCAAGUCGGUGAAAACCGUGCUGAUGCAGCUGUUCGAGCCGCACGGCUGCACCGACAUCGAGGGUAUCGACACCACCAACGCCUGCUACGGCGGCACCGCCGCGCUCUUCAACGCCGUCGCGUGGGUGGAGAGCAGCGCCUGGGACGGUAGAUUCGCCCUGGUGGUCGCGGCUGACAACGCCGUGUACGCCACGGGCAGCGCCAGGCCCACGGGUGGCGCGGGCGCGAUAGCCAUCCUGGUAGGCCCAGACGCGCCCCUCGUGUUCGACCGCGGCCUCCGUGCGUCCUGCAUGAGGCACGCCUACGACUUUUACAAGCCGAACCUGCCCUCCGAGUAUCCCGUCGUGGACGGCAAGCUGUCCAUUCAGUGCUACCUCAGCGCCCUGGACAGCUGUUACCAGCUGUACCGCGACAAAGUCAAGAGGAAGAGCCCCGGCGACAGCCCCGUGACGUUGACCAACUUCGACGCGAUGCUCUUCCACUCGCCGUACUGCAAACUCGUGCAGAAAUCGUUCGCCAGGCUGGCCUUCAUCGACUUCCUGAACACGCCGGAGGGUCAGAUCCCUGACAGUUAUAGAGACGCGAUGAAAUUCCACGCCGCCAAGCUCGAGGACACUUACUUCAAUCAGGAAAUCGAGAAGGCGUUCAUGCAGCUGAGCAAGGCGGACUUCCAGCAGAAAACUCAGCCGAGUUUGCUCAUAGCGAAUCAAGUUGGGAACAUGUACACGCCGUCGGUGUACUCCGGUCUAGUGUCGUUGCUCAUAUCGAAGCCGAUAAGUGAAUUGGCAGGCAUCAAGAUCGGCAUAUUUUCCUACGGCUCGGGCAUGUGCUCGAGCCUGUACUCGUUGACGGUAGCGAGGGACACGCGAGAGGGUUCCGGCCUGUCGAAAAUCAUCAACGCCCUUUCCUACGUCAAGUCGCAAUUGGAGGGCCGUCACUGCGCUUCCCCGGAGGAGUACACCAAGGUGCUGGCGUUGAGGGAACAAAAUUGCCACGUUGUGCCAUUCACUCCGCAGAGUAGUAUAGACGACAUGUUCCCGGGCACUUAUUACUUAACGCAGGUGGACGAAAAGUAUAGGAGGACUUAUAAAAGAGUAUGA